AUGUCGUUAUCGAAGUACACAUCGACACCAGAGACGACAAACACCGCUCAGCUGGCGAGGCUCAUACUGGGACCAUGUACUGAUGUAUUACGUGAAAUUCUUAAAAAGGAAAUUCCACCGUAUGAUUUAUCCAAGAAAGUCAAAGAAUGGACUGAUGAUUUCAAGAAAAACAAAAAACGCAACCCUCUUAAUCCAUCACAAAAUGACAUCAUUUUCCCCUCACUAACAAAUCAGUAUUGGGGAGACUAUUCAGACCUUGAUAUAUCUAUCGUGUACAUCAUUCUUCGGAAUGUCAGUAAAAUACCUCCACAUUCUAAAGGUUGGGGCGAGAAUCCAGACCCCGCUAAUAGAAGUGUCGCCGCAAAUAUCGAACGGAUUCGUCUUCUUAGGAACAAAUACGAAGGCCAUUCUGCCGAUAUAUUUCUUUCUGACUCAGAGUUUAGUCAGGAAUGGCGGAACAUCCGGGAUAUCGUUGUUGAAUUAGAGCGCUAUCUAGGGAUGUCUACUGUCUACCAGGAGUCUGUGAAAGAAAUAAAAACAUGUUCCAUGGAUCCUGAACAUGAGCAUAAAUACAUAAACCGACUUGGGGUUCUUGAAGAUCUACAUUCAUCUGUGUCUAAAUUUUCAGAGAAGCUGAGUGACAUGGAAAAGAAACUAAGUUUGCACAUCAAUCCCAAACUUGAAAAAGAAGUAGGUAUGAAUAUGUUCACAUUGUCCUCAGUUAAAGAUUUUUCAACACGUUUAUUUAAACUCAUGAUAGAAACAACAAUGGUUAUGGUCAACGAUCAUCAUAAGGAAACGGAGAAAAUCCUUGUUAAAACCCGGGCAUUUAACAGAGCAAAAAAACUUUUAGAGGAAAACAGAUACGUGGUAAUUAAAGGUGUUCCUGGAUUCGGGAAGACGACAUUAGCCAAAUGCUUGUUGAAGAUUUGCAUGGAUGGAGGAAAUCGUCCUCUUCAAAUCUUUAAAAUGUCCAAACUCUACGGACGGGUGUCGCCGUUUGACAACAUGGCAGUACUUAUUGAUAAUGCAUUCGGGGAAUCGUCGUUUUCUAUAACUUGA